AUUAUAUGCGAUCACCCAGUGAUUGCAGAAUAUUAAAUUAAACUUAGAUAAAUCCGUAUUGAGGGAGGCAGCCCCCAGUCCCAACUUAUUUCCCAUUUUCUGUAACAGCAUCACUGCGCUCAUCUCUUUUGCGAUCGCCAUGUGCCAAAUCUCGGCAUUUUGAAAUCUGUUUCUAUAUCCUUAAAGAGGGACUUCAGAAGGAAAGAAGAAAACGGCAUGAACCUUUAUCCCAAAGGUCCCUGACAGGCUGGAUGAAAUGAGAUCCCCAUGUAGCGAUUGCCAUGGAAACCUGUGACUCCCCUUCUAUCUCGAAGCAGGAGAAUGGGCAGAAGAUAUCAAAGCUACGUGAGACGACACAUCUUGAUAAUGAGGUGCCUCAGAAAGGUGCAGGGAUGGAGCCUGACAAGGAAAACAGCCCCGCGGAUGACAACCUGAGGACGGACGAGAGCCGGAGAGAAAUCGCAUCGGGAGCGAGCACAGAGAAUGCUGGUGCCCCCCGGGUCAGCGCAGCAAAAGAGAUCCCGUGCAACGAGUGCGCCACUUCUUUUUCUAGUUUACAAAAAUACAUGGAGCACCACUGCCCCAACGCACGCCUUCCCCUCCUGAAGGAUGACAACGAGAGUGAGGUCAGCGACUUGGACGACAGCGACGUGGAGAACCUGACGGGGGAGAUCGUUUACCAGCCCGACGGCUCAGCUUUCAUCCUCGAGGACUCCAAAGAAUGUGGCCAGAAUGCCCAGCCUGGAGCAAAAAGCCUCUUUUCCCCAGCAGCGUUCCCAAACCUGCAGACCAUCGCCGGGGACAAGACUGAGCAAUCUGCCACUGCCCCCGUGUCCUUCUACCCCCAGGUUAUCAAUACGUUUCACAUCGCUUCGACUCUCGGGAAACCAUUUGCGGCCGACCAGGCUUUCCCAAAUACCUCAGCGUUUGCAGGAGUCGGUCCUGUGUUGCACAGUUUCCGCGUCUAUGAUCUCCGGCACAAGAGUGACAAAGACUAUCUGACCGUUGACGGCGCCGCCAAAAACUCCUGUGUCUCCAAAGAUGUCCCUAACAAUGUGGACCUGUCCAAAUUCGAUGGUUGCAUAAGUGACGGGAAAAGGAAACCCAUUCUGAUGUGUUUCCUGUGCAAGUUGUCUUUUGGUUAUAGUCGGUCAUUUGUAACCCAUGCUGUGCAUGAUCAUCGGAUGACCCUCAACGCAGAGGAGCAGAAGCUCCUCAGUAAUAAGUAUGUCUCUGCCAUCAUACAGGGGAUUGGCAAAGACAAAGAACCUCUUAUAAGCUUUUUGGAACCAAAAAAAUCCAACUCUGUAUUACCCCAUUUUUCUACUGCAAAUUUCAUGGGUCCUGACAGGGGCUUUCGUGGUUUAUGGAACGCUUUUCAUGUUGAAAACGGUGAAUCUUUGCAGGCUGGUUUUGCCUUCCUGAAGGGAAGCGCAAGUUCUGCUGCCACUGCAGACCAGCUGCUGAGGAACCCUCAAAAGCCAAAGGCCGAAGUGAACCUCGGGGGCUUGUCUGCGCCGGCGACGAAGGCCCCUGUGAGCGCCGUGUCCCUUGGCCGCCUGCCAUCGGCGGCAGGGCGCGCCAACCAGGAGAACAACUGUGAACGGCAGAAGGACAUUAGCACUUUGCAUUCAAACGGGGAGUUCCCCGUCAAAAGUGAACCCAGAGAAGCAGUCGACGCAGAUGAAGAUGAGGACACGUACUCCAAUGAGCUUGACGACGAUGGUGUAGGUGAACUAGUGGACAGUGCAAGUAGCAAAGAUUUCCCUCUCUUAAACCAAAGCAUUUCUCCUUUAUCGUCCAGUGUGCUAAAAUAUACUGAUAAGGGUACCUCUUCUUCCUCUGUGACUGUUUCUGAUGAUGUAGAGAAGAGCAAGCAGAAUACUGUACCUAGGGACAGUAGCAACGAUGCCAAUAGCUUUUGUGGAAGUGGAAAAGACUACGCAGACCCUGCUGGGGGUCGCGAUGGCACUCCGCCGUCUAUCCUGAGUGACCUGAUGCGAAGAGACGACGAGAGCCCGGGCCCUCCUCACCAGCAAACUGCCCCACCUGGUACGCCGGGCACAGGGGAAGGCUCCCCUGGCAGUGGCAUCGAGUGCCCCAAGUGCGACACCGUUCUGGGGUCAUCGCGCUCGCUGGGGGGUCACAUGACCAUGAUGCACUCACGGAACUCCUGCAAGACUCUGAAGUGCCCCAAGUGCAACUGGCACUAUAAGUACCAGCAGACCCUGGAUGCCCACAUGAAGGAGAAGCACCCUGAGUCCGGAGGCUCCUGCCUCUACUGCCGGACGGGCCAACCACACCCCCGGCUGGCGCGAGGCGAGAGCUACACCUGCGGCUACAAGCCCUUCCGUUGUGAGGUAUGCAACUACUCAACAACUACCAAAGGCAACCUCAGUAUUCAUAUGCAGUCUGACAAGCAUUUGAACAACGUGCAGACCCUGCAGAAUGGUGGCACCGAGCCGGUUUACAACCAUUCAGUGCCCGUCUCCAGCGCCAACCUAAGUAGUUGUGGCACUCCAUCACCAUCCAAGACCAAGCAGAAGCCCACAUGGCGUUGCGAGGUGUGCGACUACGAGACCAACGUGGCGCGCAACCUGCGCAUCCACAUGACCAGCGAGAAACACAUGCACAACAUGAUGCUGCUGCAGCAGAACAUGAAGCAGAUCCAGCACAACCUUCACCUGGGCCUGGCCCCAGCCGAGGCAGAGCUGUACCAGUACUACCUGGCCCAGAACCUGGGCCUCACUGGCAUGAAGCUGGAGAAUCCGGCCGACUCUCAGAUGAUGAUUAAUCCAUUCCAGUUGGAUCCCACCACAGCUGCUGUGUUGACCCCAGGUGUUGUAAAUAACGAGGUGGCAUCGGAGAUCCGUCUCACCAGCGGUCAGCUAGCAGGUGAUGACCUGUCCGUCCUCUCCGCCGGAGACCUGUCACCCUACAUCAGCGACCCUCUGCUGAAGCUGUUUCAGUGCGCUGUCUGCAACCGCUUCACGACGGACAGCCUGGAGGCCCUGAGCGUACACGUGAACACGGAGCGCAUGCUGCCCCAGGAGGAGUGGAGGGCCGUGAUCGGGGACAUCUACCAGUGCAAGCUCUGCAGCUACAACACGCAACUCAAAGCCAACUUCCAGCUGCACUGCAAGACUGACAAGCACAUGCAGAAGUACCAGCUGGUGGCGCACAUCAAAGAAGGCGGCAAGGCCAACCAGUGGAGGUUAAAGUGCAUCGCCAUCGGAAACCCCGUGCACCUGAAAUGCAACGCUUGCGACUACUACAGCAACAGCGUGGAGAAGCUGCGGCUGCACGUCACCAGCCAGCGGCACGAGGCGGCACUGAAACUCUACAAGGUAGGAGUCCCACUGGAGUUCGGAGCUGUCGAAUGA